GACCGAAAGCUGAACCGGAAUCUUCGUCGGUGUAAGGACGCCCCCGGCGUGGUGGUAGGCAUGCCAAAGAAAGGUAGUAGGAUGCCAAAGAAAUUAAACAUGACCUGGGAGGUGCAAUAAUAUCGUUUGUGAGUCUAAAGCCGAGUGGUGGACCGUUGCCCUUUCUACCAUCCAAGGUGGUGCGCGGAGGCUCUAUUAAGGGGUCUUAGUUUCGCGUUGUGGGAGCGGAAUCAGAUUGACCUAGGUCCUGGCUUCCUGGGAUAAAAUAGUUCCUAUGAAGGAAGGAAGUGAAGGUACAAAGAUCAACACUGCAUCCUUGACCAGAGACCUUGAACUAGAGCUUCAGAAAAGAGCCCAGAAUCAACAAGAGCAGAUAUUAAACUUUCUGACGCUAAGGGCCCCAGAAAAUGUCCAAGUCCCAAGGCUCAGUGUCAUUGAAGGAUGUGGCUGUGGUCUUCACGUGGGAGGAGUGGCAGCUGUUGGACCCCAUUCAGAAGAGCCUGUAUCAAGAUGUGAUGUUGGAAAACUACAGCAACCUAGUUUCAGUGGGGUAUCAAGUUACCAAAGCAGAUGCAUUCUACCAGUUGGGACAAGGACCACCAUGGAUAACAGAGGAAGAAAUCCAGAGUCAAAUUCAUCCAGAUGACACCGGGCAAGUGGAGAGGCAUACAGACUGGCAUCAAGAAAAGGAAGGCAGCCUUGAAACUAUGGAGAGUCACCACAUAAAUAAUCCAUUUAGAAAAAUACUGUCUCUCAGCUUAAACUUUGAUAUCCCUUUAGCACAAAGAUCCCACACAUUGGACAUACUUGGGCAACAUUUGAAACCUAAAGCAGAGUACAUUCUUCAGAAUAAAAGCUAUGCAAGAAACGAAGUGCGAUUUAAUGGCUACGACCAAGUAGUUCUUUAUACCAAGCAUGAGAAAAUUCAUACUGGAGAAAAAUACAAUGAAUUUAAUGAGCAUUUAAAGGCUUUCGGCCAUGAGCCACAGCUCACUAAACACUGGAAGACUCGAGCAGGAGAGAAACAGGGUAACUGCAGUGACUGUGGGAGAGUCCUUUCCCAGAAGUCAGACCUGGUUAAGCGUCAGAGAACCCACACAGGAGAGAAGCCCUCCGGUUGCAGUAGAUGUGAGGAAGCCUUCACCCGGAAGUCCCACCUCAUUCUACAUCAGAGAACCCACACAAGAGAGAAACCCUAUGAAUGCCGUAAAUGCGGGAAAGCUUUUCCCGAUAAGUCCCGCCUUAAUGAACACCAGAGAACCCACACAGGAGAGAAGCCCUACAGGUGCGGUGAGUGUCAGAAGAGCUUCAGCGAUAAGUCACAGCUCACCUCCCACCAAAGAACCCACACAGGAGAGAAGCCCUACAGGUGCGGUGAGUGUGAGAAGAGCUUCGGCAACAAGUCACAACUCAUCAUCCACCAGAGAUCUCACACGGGAGAGAAACCUUACGGUUGCAAUGAAUGUGGGAAAACGUUCCCCCUUAAGUUUAGCCUCAUUUUACAUCAAAAAACUCAUACGGGGGAAAAACCCUAUGGAUGCAGUGACUGUGGGAAAGCCUUCAUCCAGAGAUCUGAGCUCAUUAGACAUCAGAGAACUCACACAGGAGAGAAACCUUAUCAUUGCAGUGAGUGUGGGAAAGGCUUCAGUGUAAAGUCACGUCUCAAUACUCACUGGAGAACUCACACAGGAGAGAAACCCUAUGGGUGCAAUGAAUGUGGAAAAACGUUCUCCAUCAAGUUUAGUCUCAUCCUACACCAGAGAACACAUACGGGCGAGAAGCCCUAUGAAUGCAGUCAGUGUCAGAAAGCUUUCACCCAGAAGUCACACCUCACUAUCCACCAGAGGUCUCACGCCGGAGAGAAACCUUAUGAGUGCAGUGAAUGCCACAGAGCCUUCAGCCGGAAGUCCUAUCUGCUCACUCACCAGAGAAUUCACUCAGGAGAGAAACCAUAUGAAUGCCGACAGUGUGGGAACAAGUUCAGCCUUAUUAUAUAUCAGAGAAUCCAUGCAGGAGAGAAACCCUAUGGAUGCAGUGAAUGUGGGAAAACGUUUCCUAUCAAGUUCAGCCUCGUUUUGCAUCGGAAAACACAUACAGGAGAGAAAGCCCAUGAAUGCGGCGAAUGUCAGAAAUCUUUCGCCCGGAAGUCACAUCUUACUAUUCAUCAAAGAACUCACACAGGGAAGAAACCUUAUGGAUGUACCCAUGAAUGUCCUGAAUGUGGGAAAGCCUUCCUCAAGAAGUCUCACCUCGCAGAACAUAAGAGAAUUCAUACAGGAAAGAAACCCCAUGGAUGUGGUGUAUGUGGGAGAACCUUCCCCAAAAAGUUCAAGCUCACUGAACAUCAGCGAAUUCACAAAGGAGAGAAACCCGAUGAGUGCUGUGAGUGUGGGAGAGCCUUCCUCAGGAAAUUUCAGCUCACUGAACAUCAGAAGACUCACACAGGAAAUAAACCCCAUGGAUGCAGUGUAUGUGGGAAAGCAUUCUCCAGAAAGUUCAAGCUGACUGAACACCAGAGAACUCACACAGGAGAGAAACCUUAUGAAUGUACUGACUGUGGCAAAGCCUUCUGCAGGAAGGCAGAACUCAUUAUACAUCAGAGAAAUGAAAGAGGAGAAAGGCCCCAUCAAUGCAGUGAAUGUGGAAAAGAUUUUGCCAGAAAAUCACAACUCAUUCUACAUCAGAAAACUCAUACAGGAGAGAAAUCUUAUAUAUGCAGUGAAUGUGGAAAAGGUUUCAUUCAGAAGGGCAAUCUCCUUAUACAUCAAAGGACUCAUACUGGAGAGAAACCCUACGGAUGCACUGACUGUGGUAAGGCCUUCAGCCAGAAGGCGUGCCUCAUAGCACAUCAGCGAUUUCAUACAGGAAAGACGCCCUUCGUAUGUACUGAAUGUGGAAAAUCCUGUUCACAGAAAUCAGGACUCAUUAAGCAUCAGAGGAUUCACACAGGAGAGAAACCCUAUAAAUGCAAUGACUGUGGCAAGGCCUUCACUACAAAGACCAUGUUCACUGUCCAUCAAAGAACCCAUACAGGAGAGCGACCCUAUGGGUGCAGUGAAUGUGGGAAAGCUUUUUCCACGUCAUGCCUUGUUAAACAUAAGAGAAUACACAUAAGAGAAAAACGUGUAGAUUCAAUGAAGGUUGAAUAUCCUUCCACAGAGGGUCACAGUUUAUUAGACACUAGUGAAUUCAUGCAGGGGGAAAGCCCUGUUCAUACAGCGACUGCGCAGAUGCCUUCUGUGAUCCCUCAGACCUCAUUAAACAUCAGUGGGCUCCUCGCAGAUAGGAAUGCGGUCCUAGGGGGACAGCCAGUUGGUAGAUGUGCACCCUCAGGAAAUAACAGAGAAUUUGUACAGGAGAGAAACCUUAUGAAUGCAGUGAAUGUGGUUGUGCCUUCAGUGGUCAAUUACAUCUUAUUUUGUGUCACAAAAAACACCUAGGAAAGAACUGGUACAUUCAAUUUGGAAAAUGCUUGAGCAAUAAUGUCUAGCUGAUUAUAUGGUUAUAUACAAACAGAAAGCCCAUGAAUGCAGAGACGAGGAAAGCUGUGUUGUAGAAGACUGACCCUGUCAUCAGUGGUCACCAUAGCUCAUCAGGGAGCUUAUAGUGAGUGGAGACAUGGCAAUAGUGGGAAAGUCUUAAUAUGUGUCAGUUCACACUGAGGAGAAACAGAAGGCAGUGAACGUGGGGGCAACUGGGUGACUCGGUUGGUUGAGAUCCAACUUCUGCUCAGGUCAUGAUCUUACAGUUUGUGAGUUCA